ACCGGGGUAUCGACGAGUUAACUACGUUUUUACUGCUUCUUCUGGUGCGGUGUAUGGAUGAUUAGCUUAGCUUCGUUAGCCUGUCACCCUGCUCUACAGUUGGCCUUGUAUCGGGCAAAGCUCAGGUUAGCUAACGUAUUGUUACUCACCGGUUUAUACCUGGUUAGUACUAUUGAUAACAACAUAUGAUGUGAUGUUUUCUUCAUGCAGCAGUAACAUAUGUGCGGUUAGGCUGAGUUUACCCCUCGGGUGCAGUAAGAAGCCUACCUAGCCAGCAGAUUCUCCAUGAUGUCCCCAUCCGUCUGUAGGCGCUGACGGCUUCCCUGACACCGAGCGGAGAGGGAGGCAGCUGGAAGCGAUCCAGCUAGCAUGCGGCACUGGCUCAGUGCUUCCAGGAGGCGGCGCUGCUGAGAGGCGAUCGAACGGCGUUGAGCAUAUGUCUGCUGAACCAGCCAUGGACGACUUCACCUCCAGGACAUACGGCACCAGUGGCCUGGACAACAGGCCUCUGUUCGGGGAGACCUCAGCUCGGGAUCGAAUCAUCAACCUGGCAGUGGGGGGAUUUACCUCUGUGGUUGUUCUAGUGACUGUGGUCGGUUCGUUUGUGUUCCCCUCGUUGCCUCCACGGCCGCUUAAUGUCUUCUUCGCCGUGUGCAUACUGUUAACCUGCGGAUCCACCAUAGUGCUGAUAUUCUGGUACCGGCAGGGCGAUCUGGAGCCUAAAUUCAGGAAUCUGAUCUAUUACAUGCUGGCGUCCAUUGUGCUGCUGUGUCUAUGUGCCAACCUCUACUUCCACGAUGUCAGGUAAAGACGAAGGUGAGGAAGAGGAGGAAGAAGAAGAAGGGAAGACAUGGCCUUGACAGACGGAAACACACAUGGAAGGACCAAAUGAAAGACCAACAGUGAAGGACCAAAAAGAAAAAAGAAAUUCACACACUAACUUGAAUGAAUUUCCCACUUGGCCCACAGAGGACUCUUGGACCAAAACCAGUGAGACUUAAGGGUCCCAGUGGGAUGAAAACUGUCUUGUUGGUGCCGAAUCAUGCACGCACAUGCACGCACACGCACACACACACACACACACACACACACACACACCCAACUGAUGUACUGUAAGAGGCCAUAAAUCACUGCUGGAGGACGAACUUUAAAAUAAACAGGUGUGUUUACAAGCACAUAAACAUCAUUAUUAAUCAGUCAUAUCCUUAAGUACUUCAAUUUAGGAGAAAAUGAUUGAUACGAUGGGGAUAUAAUGAUGCAACAGUUAAAGGAAAAAUCUGCCCUUUCUUCCUGUUACUGCAGCUCUCGUCUGUGUUCGUUUUACAUUUUCUUUGCCCUCGGGUGGCUGAUUAACUAUAUUUAUAUCUUUAAACAAUAUUGCAGGGCCAUAUUGUUGUAAGACACAAGUUGUGUUAUAAUUUAUAAGACCAAAUUUGUGACAAGAACUUCACAUUUAUUCCAAACGCUUCUCAAAAUCGUUAAUAAAACACCUUCUAAACCCCUGUUUGGACAGAACUAACACCAGAAAUAUUCUCUGUGCUCCUCUAUAAUUAGCCUGAACGGCAUUUUAACCAUUGGGAAACUACUGUGUGAAGUGAACAGUCAAAAAUCAUCUUCAGUGUCAUGACUCAAUCAAAUCUGAUCACACAGACGUGAAACACGUUAACAUCAUUCAGGCUGAGCUACAGUUCCAGAGGAUAUCAUUAUGUUCAAUGUCCAUUGUGAAUAAACAACCAUAAAUCCACUUAGAAAUCAUAGAAAAAUACUCUCUAGAACUUGCCUGAGAAGCAGCAAAUUUAUCCAGUGAUCUAUAGACCAGUGGUCUAUACAUCCAUGAGUGCACUGUAAACAGGAAUGGGACCAAUGGGACCAAAGCUAAAAACAUACCUGGGAAUACUACAGGUUCUUGUUUCCCUGACAGCUUUAAUUCUUUCUAUCUAUAAAAUACAGAAUUACUACACCGAGAAAAAAAAAAUGAUCCCACUAGAGACAUAAAUCCAGUCUGAAUGAUUUUGACUGUUCAGACUUUAACAUGGUGGAUUUUUCCUUUUAAGCAGGGUGACAGUUAAUGAGCAUGUAAACACACCGAGUGAAGCAGAAGGAGGGUCAUGGACCUUUCAUCACUGUGGACUGUUGUACAAACUAACUUUACACAGCAAUAGCACGAGCGGCAUCAGGGUCCUGUUACAAAUAUAUGCAACAGUUUGUAUGUUUUCUUUUUUCUUUCUGUCUCUUUGCUGCUUUUCUGCGUUUUCAGCUUAUCUGAUUGUCGUGGUUGGAUUUAAUUAAUUUUCCAAAUCAAGUCUCGCUAAGAGGAUUUUUAAAAAGAAAAAUUUGAUUUAAAUGCAGAAUUACACUGACUGACUGCCAAUUCUUGCACUAAGCGUGGCUGAAAUGACACUUUUGUCUAAGCCAUACAUGCACACACACUCUCAGGCCAGCUGUAGCACCAAUGAACAUGUAGCUUUAAACCGAAGCUGCACUCAUAAAUCUGUAAAAGGUGUCUAUAUCAUAUUGAUGUGUCUGCCAUCUAAACGUUUGCACUGCUUUUUUUUUUUUUUAACAAAUCUGAGCUGGGCUUUUAGGUGUCCAUCACAUAAAGUAGCUUUCAUUUUUACACAAAGAGCAAGAAUCAUAGUCAUGAAAUCGUUUGGUGUUGUAGGUUUAUUUUAGCUCCACACAUUCACUAUGUUCAAAGGGUUUGGUUAGGAUGGUGCAGGUUAGAAAAACACCAACAGUACACCAGUACAAAACAACAAAGGUGAAGCUGACCUCUGUAUUCUGUACGUUUAGCAUCAGGCAAGUUGUAGCUUUAAACUGUACACAGCUUUGUUUACAGAUGAUCUGCAGUGAAGCUUUGUGGUAAAUUGAGUCAACAUACAGUGUAACUGACAGGAGCUGAGUGCUAAGAAACUUCCAUGAAGAAGAGCCAACUUUGUCACAACUCCAGGACUGUCAAAGCCAGGUGUUUCUUUUUUUAUUUAAUAUUUUAUGGAAUAAAUAAUUGUGUAUCCUGA